AUGACUCAGAGACCAGACUCUGGACCUGGACCUGGACCUGACCUGGGUUUAGGGUCUGUUCAGAGACUCAAGGCGUUUUUUGAACACAAUGAUCACAUGCAGCAGUCAGCCGACCACAAUAACGGAGCUCCAGCUUGUCGACGUGAACUCAAAUCAAACCUGAAGAAGAAGUUCCAGUGUUUGUUUGAGGGCGUGGCUAAAGCAGGAAACCCCACCCUUCUGAAUGAGAUCUUCACAGAGCUCUACAUCACAGAGGGAGGGACUGGAGAGGUCAAUGAAGAACAUGAGGUCAGACAGAUUGAAAGAGCUUCCUGGAAACCAGACAGACCAGAAACAUCCAUCAGACAAGAAGACAUCUUUAAAACCUCAGCUGGAAGAGACGGACCAAUCAGAAGAGUGAUGACAAAGGGCGUGGCUGGCAUUGGGAAAACAGUGUUAACACAGAAGUUCACUGUGGACUGGGCUGAAGACAAAAGCAACCAGGACGUACAGUUCAUGUUUCCCUUCACCUUCAGAGAGCUGAAUGUGCUGAAAGAGAAGAAGUUCAGUUUGGUGGAACUAAUCCAUCACUUCUUCACUGAAACCAAAGAAGCAGGAAUCUGCAGGUUUGAAGACUUUAAGGUGGUCUUCAUCUUUGAUGGUCUGGACGAGUGUCGACUUCCUCUGGACUUCCACAACACUGAGAUCCUGACUGACGUCACAGCGUCCACCUCAGUGGACCUGCUGCUGACAAACCUCAUCAGGGGGAAACUGCUUCCCUCUGCUCGCCUCUGGAUAACCACACGACCUGCAGCAGCCAAUCAGAUCCCUCCUGACUGUGUGGACAUGGUGACAGAGGUCAGAGGGUUCACGGACCCACAGAAGGAGGACUACUUCAGGAAGAGGUUCAGAGAUGAGGAGCAGGCCAGGAGGAUCAUCUCCCACAUCCAGACAUCACGAAGCCUCCACAUCAUGUGCCACAUCCCAGUCUUCUGCUGGAUCACUGCAACAGUUCUGGAGAACAUGCUGAAAGAACUGCCCAAGACCCUUACUGAGAUGUACAUCCACUUCCUGGUGGUUCAGUCCAAAGUGAAGAGGGUCAAAUAUGAUGGAGGAGCUGAGACAGAUCCACACUGGAGUCCAGAGAACAGGAAGAUGAUUGAGUCUCUGGGGAAACUGGCUUUUGAGCAGCUGCAGAAAGGAAACCUGAUCUUCUAUGAAUCAGACCUGACAGAGUGUGGCAUCGAUAUCACAGCAGCUUCAGUUUACUCAGGAGUCUUCACUCAGAUCUUUAAAGAGGAGAGAGGCCUGUACCAGGACAAGGUCUUCUGCUUUGUCCAUCUGAGUGUUCACGAGUUUCUGGCUGCUCUUCAUGUUCAUCUGACCUUCAUCACCUCUGGAACAAAUCUGUUGUCAGAACCAACAACAAGCCAGUUGACCAGACCGUUUGGAAAAAAACCUAAACUGAAUCAUCUGCACCAGAGUGCUGUGGACGAGGCCUUACUGAGUCCAAAUGGACACCUGGACUUGUCCCUCCGCUUCCUCCUGGGUCUUUCACUGGAGACCAAUCAGAAGCUCUUGAGAGGUCUACUGACACAAACAGGAAGUGGUUCACAGACCAAUCAGGAAACAGUUGAGUACAUCAAGAGGAAGAUCAGUGAGAAUCUGUCAGCAGAGAGAAGCAUCAACCUGUUCCACUGUCUGAAUGAACUGAACCAUCGUUCUCUUGUGGAGGAGAUCCAAGAGUCCCUCACAUCAGGACGCCUGUCCACAGAGACACUGUCUCCUGCUCAGUGGUCAGCUCUGGUCUUCAUCUUACUGUCAUCAGGAAAAGAUCUGGAAGAGUUUGACCUGAAGAAAUACUCUGCUUCAGAGGAGGCUCUUCUGAAGCUGCUGCCAGUGGUCAAAGCCUCCAACAAAGCUCUACUGAGUGGCUGUAACCUCUCAAAAAGAAGCUGUGGAGCUCUGUCCUCAGUCCUCAGCUCUGUGUCCUCUCGUCUGAGACACGUGGACCUGAGUAACAACGACCUGCAGGAUCCAGGAGUGAAGCUGCUGUGUGAUGGACUGAAGAGUCCUCACUGUUCUCUGGAGACUCUCAGAAUGAGUGGCUGUAAACUCUCAGAGAGAAGCUGUGAAGCUCUGUCCUCAGUCCUCAGCUCUGUGUCCUCUCGUCUGAGACACGUGGACCUGAGUAACAACGACCUGCGGGAUCCAGGAGUGAAGCUGCUGUGUGAUGGACUGAAGAGUCCUCACUGUUCUCUGGAGACUCUCAGGAUGGACCAUGCUGGAGAGCAGUGGUUAAAACCUGGUCUCAGGAAGUAUUCAUGUGAACUGGAACUGGACACAAACACAAUGAACAGAGAACUCAAACUGUCUGACGACAACAGGAAAGUGACCUUUGUGACAGAAGAUCAGUCGUAUCCUGAUCAUCCAGACAGAUUUGAGUUCUUUCCUCAGCUGCUGUGUAGACCUGGUCUGACUGGUCGCUGUUACUGGGAGGUCGAGUGGAGAGGAAGAGUUUUUAUAUCACUGAGUUACAGAGGAAUCAAGAGGAAAGUCAACAGUUCUGACUGUGUGUUUGGAUAUAAUGAUCAGUCCUGGAGUCUGUUCUGCUCUGAUGAUCAUCGUAACUCUGUCUGUCACUGUGGGACAAAAACACCCAUCAUGUCCUCUGUCUCUCACAGAGUAUCAGUGUAUGUGGACUGUCCUGCUGGGACUCUGUCCUUCUACAGCGUCUCCUCUGACUCACUGAUCCACCUCCACACCUUCAGGACCACAUUCACUGAACCGGUUUAUCCUGGGUUCCUGGUCUGGCGUGGUUCCUCAGUGUCUCUGUGUCCUCUGUAGGACAUGAAGAGACAGCAGCUU